AUGGCCAAGAUCCGGAGGAACAGCGCAAUCGUUUGCGCUGUUUGUUAUUUCAUCUCCAUCAUCUUCCUCAUCCUUGUCAUCAUCGGCAACACAUCCAUCAAACCCGUCCUUACCGACAUCUACUUCUUCAAGCUUGACGUCUCAGAUAUUAUCCCACUGUCGUCAGGGAACAAUGCUGCGCUGUUGAACUCCAUCGCUAGGAGCCUCGGCCUCCACGAUUUCUACCAGGUCGGCUUGUGGAACUAUUGCGAAGGUUACGAUGAUGAAGGCGUCACCUUCUGCUCAACGCCGCAGAGGCUCUUCUGGUUCAACCCCAUAGAGAUUCUCACCAACGAGCUUCUUGCUGGCGCAACCAUUGCCCUCCCUAAUGAGGUAACCACCAUCCUCAACAUCCUCCGCAUCGGCCAGCAGGUCAUGUUCGGUCUCUUCCUCGCCGGCAUCUCCCUCGUCGCCGUCCUCCUUAUCGCGACACCUCUCGUUCUGCGCACGCGCUGGUGGAGUCUUCCCAUGGCCAUCUUCGCCGGUCUCGCCGGUCUCUUCGUCACGGUGGCCUCCAUCAUUGCUACCGUCAUGAGCGUGGGAGCUCGGUACGCGCUUACGCAGCAGUCCGAGCUUAACAUAAGGGCUGUUCUCGGUGUGCGCAUGUUCGUCUUCAUGUGGAUCGCCUCAGCGUUGACCGACCUUGCGUUCAUCCUCCACGCUGCGAUGGGAUGCUGCUGCUCACCCAGAAAGGAGAGAGAGGCGGCUGCCGCGGCCGCGGGCACCACGACAAGCUCGCAAGAGAAGCAAGAGAAGACUACCACGAGCAACGGAGAGAAGCCGUCUAGGUUGCCGGCCUUUAUGAGAAAGCGUAGCCCAAGGUCAUCCACUUCGUAA